UUGCACGCCGGUCGUUGAAUGGAGCGGGUUUGGAGACGUGUACAAGGUGUUGGGCGUCGCAGUGCCGUAGGACGUUGCGGCUGCCCCGUGCAACCAUGUCAGUUGCACGUGGACCAACGCGCGAAGCGUGGUGCCAGUGGAUCUCGAAGAUCAAGAGAUCCUCAAACGAUAGUAUGUGCUUGCCAAGUUCAACCGUGUCCGGUACAUCCUGUAUUAAUAAGAGUUCGUCGUACGAGACAGCAACCGGUAGGCAACUGCGACUGUCCAAACGAAUUGCAACCCUGUCCUCACGACGCACCCCGCGCUCCUGGAUCUUCGCGAAGGGUCAGAAGAUGCGAAUGCACGGAGAGACCUUGUCGACAUACUACUACCAGUGGUACUGUUAUCUCACAACAACAACAACAACAGCAGCAGCAACAACGUCGAUUGGGGACUUCAUCACCUCUUGCUGGCUCGUCAAAUCAAACAAAUCAACAACAGCAGCAGCAGCAUCAUCAACAACAACAACAGCAAUCGAUAAAUGUGGGAACGUUGCAACAGGAGAGAACAUCGAGCUCAAUUGUCGAGCAGACUCGUACAGACGGUGGCGAGGCGCCGUGCGAGUGCGACUGCAACGAGCAAUCAAAACCUUGCUCACACGAGUCAAGGAUGAUGAUGAUGAUGAUAACGACAACAACAACAACAACAACAACAACAGCAGCAACAACAACAACAACAGCAACAACAAUAGCUGGUGGUCGCCGUACUGCAACGGCUACUCGCGCAACCUGCGAAUGCGGAAAAAGUUCAUUAAACGUCGACGAAGAUGACGAUGAAAGCGUUGCCGGUACUCGACCAUGUUCUCAUAAACCACAAACCGAGGGUCGUAUUAAACGAGUUAAAUAUCGAGUUAGGCGUGCUGGUUGCGCGAUGGCCAGAUGCACGGCUGAGCUCGCGAUGUUGCACUUGCACUGGGAGCUCGCCUCCGAAUGUGCGCCAUGCCGGCCUAGGGCAUUCACUAGGAGAUUAUGCAGACGACAACAGAGUGACAACGAACUUUACAGGAGUAAUAGUUUCAAGUUUGAAAGAUUCGAGAGAAGCAGGGACGAGUAUGCUACACCGUUGAAGAAACAGGUCUCAUUGUGCGACGAGUACAGUCUACCAGUCGACUUCGUAAACAAGAAACGUCCUGCAAGUGCUGCUGCUGCAACUUCCUCGAUUCAGUGGACUUUGCCAAGUCCUACUGUCGAGAACGCAGAAGUUGAGAUCGUGGAACAGUACAGUGAUCCUAGAGAUAGCAAAAGUAAAGCUUACAUUGAACCAGGUGCUGAAACAUCAUUGCCAACACUUUACAGCAAAAUAAAUCGCAAUUAUUGUCGACCAUAUACAGAUCCAUCAGCUUCCGGGUCAUCUUGCGAAGAUGAAAUCAACGAGGAGCGUUUUAUCGGUGCUAGAAAACGUAAGAACAGUUUGUACACAUCUAACUCACUUCGUGCUGCUUCAGUAGAAAGCGACAGACCAUUAUCGACGGAUGGUGUUCUCGUUGAUUGCGUUGCGUUGGUUCAUCUAGCUGAUCAAUCCUCUACGGACUCUAAUCAACCAGCUCGUCAUCCAUCACCGUAUUAUUACGGGGAUCUUUUCAAAGUACCGGAACAACCAAUAAGAUCACAACCAAGUAAAUAUAGAAAGAGUGUGAGUUUAGACGUGCCUGAGGAACGUUCAAGAACACCCGGUAUACCGAAGAGAAAUUCUCUGGCGGGUGAUGGGGGUCCCUAUUCUCCUCAUCAACAGCAACAGCAUCAGCAACAACAGCAGCAGCAGCAGCAACAUUAUCAGCAACAACAGCAGCAACAGCAACAGGGAGGACAACAAAAGGGACAACAGCAACAACAUAAUCAACAGCAACAACAACAAAAUUAUCAGAAUCAAGAUCUAGUGAGCCCCACAUCGGGGAGCGAGCAUGCUGUCCCAGAUAGAAACAGCGAGCUCCUCUCGUCGUGCAUUAUUACAGAGUGGGUUCACACACUCAUGCCUCCACCUAGGCUGCUGAGCCAUGAUCUUCCGAGUACCGUUUGUACCUGCGUCGCAUCAGCCGAGGAAGAAGAGGAUGAGUUAGAUCGACGACAGCCGCAAACUACGCGGCAACAUCAGCAAACACAACAGCAACAACAACAGCAACAGCAACAACAACAGCAGCAGCAACAACCACUCCUUCAUCAUCACCAUCAUCAUUACCAUCAUCAUCAUCAUCAUCAAACAGCACCGAGAAAGUUACGAAGAACCAGAAGAAUAGAUCCACAACCGAUUCUCGUGGAGGACGAGGACGACGUGGAGGGGGAGGACGAGGAAGAGGAGGAGGAGGAGGAGGAGGUGGUGGUGGUUGGUUUGGAGGAAGACGAGGAAGAGAUGGCGAGACAACGUCAUUUAUACGAAACCGCUUUCGAUUGCAAAGUCAAUCGUUCCGACGAUGAUCUUGACGAUCUCGAUCGAGUUACCAAUCAUCCGGUACUGCAUUCUCAAAUAAGAAGCAGUAGCGCGUUAGCUACGAGUCGAACGAGUUCGUCGACGGAUACGUCGAAGCAACAACAGCAGCAACAGCAACAGCAGCAAUUACAGCAACAGCAGCAGCAACAGCAACAACAACAGCAACAAAUUCCUUAUGCUGGUCAAUCGCAUUCAAGCAAAGACCACCGACGCAAAGUCGUACUUCUCCGCCCAAAACCAAUUCCGAGCCGUCUUCAACAACAACAGCAGCAGCAGCAACAGCAGCAGCAACAACAGCAACAACAACAACAGCAAUCAGACAAUAUUUCGACUCUGUCCCAGGAUAUCGAAUCCCUCCAGAUAAAUUCGAGUGAUGAAAAAACUGGUUCGCCCAGACUUCCUGCGAGAGGGUAUACACCCUCACCGCCAUCAACGGCACCCUUACCCGCGAAAUUUCAUGGUAAUCGCGACCACCUAUUGCUGAAUAUACGCAGCGCACCAAAUUUGCCAUCCCAACCGGAUCAUCCACGUUUGAAGGAUAUGAGACUGCCCAUUAAAUCGACCUUACGUGCCAAGGAUUCUCCUCAAAGUAGCGAGGGCAGUAUUUUGGAGAUCAAGAGCCGACCUAAGAACUUUGUUCAAGAAAACGUCGAGUCAUCUCAGGGUCGUCGUUUCGACAAGGACCUCAUUCUCGAGUUCAAGAGCAGGCCAAGGGACGAGAGACAACGUCCAAGAAGUUUGAUACGCGAGAGUAAACCUAUUAUGGAGUUCAAGGGUAGGCCUCACGAAGCUGAAAGUGACCUUGCACGUCCAAGAAGAGAGGCGGGUCUUUUGGAAUUCAAAUUACGUAACAGCAGGCGUAGAGCUGGUUAUUCUAGUACAGAAAGUAUGGCUACCAGUAGUAGUGGGGGUAGUAUGGAAUCUUUGAGAAGCAGCACCAGCGAAGGUAAUCGAUCGACGAGUAGCUCUGAAAGUCGCCAUAGUACCAGUCUCAGUUCUCAUAGCUCUGACAGUGGUGGUACGAAUUGUUAUCAUCAUCAUCAUCAUCAACAACCGUCUUUAACGGGCUUCCUGACACAUCAUGCCAAUAAACUUCACAUAUUAUCGCCAAUUUCGGACAAGUCGUCGCAAGAACCGGCCUCGGAAACAUCGGACAACAAUCGUAACAAUAAUUCUCAAAAAGCAUCCCCCGAGGAAAGCAUCACCACGGAAAAUAAUGUUAUGUUGACCAAUAAUACGAACACUAAUACAAAUACCAAUACGAAUGCAGCCAAUACAAAUACAAAUUCCGUCACGUCUCCCAUGGACACGUCUUUUAAAAAGAGACGUACACCUCAGAACAAGAAUCUCAUUAAUUUAGCUCUCCAAUCGUCGUCUUCCGGAGAUGCAGAAAUUCAAGGCUCCGAUAGUGGUAUUUCUAUCGAAUCUCGGGCCGGUAUCAAGUGCAAACCUUUCGCUUUUCACUUGGUAAAACCACAAUUGGAUAAUAUCAACAUUGUUGAUAACGAACCGGAAUUGUCAGAUUUGCCGUUUGACAUGCCGAAACUUCGUAGACGAAGAUUACUCAUGCAACAGGAUGCGACAACUUCCGGUAGCGCGACCAGUGUUGAUUUGAGAGAUUUGCCAUUUGACAUGCCAAAACUUAGAAGAAGACUUAGGUGCACUCAAAGCACCGAAUCCAGUGCUUCGCAAGCUUCUUCGAGUCUUUCAGUACGCGACGUUGAACCGCCUGGUUUGUUUGGCGGCGGUCUGGCGCGUCCAAAGAUGACUCUGAAUCUGGAAGCUGGUGGAAAUGCUUCCGGGGUUGGAGGAAAUGUUGGACAACUGGCAUUAAAGAAACCUGCUGGACUUAGCCUUGGAUUACCCUUAGAAGUUAAUGUUGCGAGAGGUGCAGCUGAUCUCGUUGACGUCGAUUUACCUCUUGAAAGACAAGGAUGGUAUCAUGGUUCUAUCACAAGAAUCGAAGCAGAAGCUGUCCUACGACUUCUUCGGGAAGGAAGUUAUUUGGUGAGGAACAGCGAAUCGACCAAACAAGAUUAUUCCUUGUCACUCAAGAGUGCCAGAGGUUUUAUGCAUAUGCGUAUACAGAAAAAUGAAGAACUGAACGCUUACAUUUUAGGUCAAUUUAGUAAACCAUUCGAAAGUAUACCAGAAAUGGUUCGUCAUUUUAGCGUUAAUCGCCUUCCAAUACGUGGUGCCGAGCAUAUGUGUCUUCUGCAUCCUGUUAUAGCACAGCUUUUGUAGCGUAUCUACCGUAGCGCCGUUUAAAAUAAAGGCGCUGCUGCUCUUCCUAAAAAUACUAAAAUAAAAAAAAAACCAUUUUUGAUAAUUCGUAGUUUACUCUAUUACGAAUAAUUAAACAAUUACAAACAAA